AUGCGCUGUGUUUAUCACAUCACAGGUCUCUUGAUCACAACUUUGUUCUCUCUCGCUAGCACCACACCUCUAACAAAAUCUUCGGCCGCGUCUCUUCCACUUCCUGUCACCGAGCUUCAAUUUCUCGGAGACAAAACCUGGGCCGAGAACAUUGCCGUCCGUUCUAACGGCCAACUACUCAUUACCCGUCUCGAUACACCGAUCCUCCAACUCCUUGACCCUUCCAACCAAACGGCUCCUAUAACCCUUCAUACUUUCAAUACAACAACCUACAUCGGACUCCUAGGUAUUACUGAAAUUACACCCUUCUCGGAUGUCUUCUAUGUCGCUGUCCAAACACCUUACACAGAUGUUUUCACAAAGGCUACGAAUUACUCUAAUGCCAUCUACAAAGUGGACUUGAACACUUUCUCUUCCAAAGCUGGUAUCUUAACUUCCGCUCCAACAGUAUCCCACAUAGUCGAUCUUCCAGAAUCUGUUUUGUUGAACGGCAUGGAUACUCUAGAUCCAGAACACAUUCUUAUAAGUGAUUCAAUCCUUGGUCAAAUCUACAACGUCAAUGUCGCAACCUCCUCUUAUACCAUUCCCCUUAGGCUCUCGUCUAUGGCCAUCCCACCAAGUUCAGAAGCACAUCUCGGAAUCAACGGUAUUCAUUACCGCUCCCCAUAUCUCUAUUUCGACAAUCUCGGCGCAAGCACCUUCAACCGCGUACCUAUCGCUCCGAUCACUGCGGCACCAACGAAUGAUAGCGUAUUACUAGUAAAUGUAACGAGUCCAGAUGAUUUCAUUAUUCGUGAAGACGGUACAAUCUUCCUGUGUGGCAAUGAUCAAGAUACGCUAUUCAUGUGGAAACAGGGCAUGAGUGAGGUUGUAGCUGUAGCUGGUAGUAACACAUCUACAGUACUGGCUGGUGUUACGGCGGGCGCAUUUGAGAGAGUCGGAGGAAAGGAAGGGAAGAGAUUGUGGUUAACAACUAGUGGCGCCCAAGCGCAGGCUAUCAAUGGCACGAUAACUACAGGGGCUACGGUAUCAUAUGUUGAUACUGAUUGCAUCUAG